AAUAAAGAACAAUGCACCAGUGUACACACACAUAACACUGCAGCUCUGUAUGGUCAUGCUGGCGCUUUUUAGGCCUACAUUACAUGUACAUGCACAAGUCCAUUGUGAACAUAACGUAGCUGUCUGCUACACUCUUGCUGCAUGGAUACUAAUUAGUUGUCAUCAUAAGUAGCCUUCUGUCUUCUAGCUGUGGAGUAUUACUGUGUUCUGGCAACAUCCAUUUCCCUGCUGCUAGCGGAUCAUUUUUUGAAAUUAUGUUUAUGCUGUGAGCUGCAGCUGCAGGUUUUGAGAGGAUCUGAAACCAAGCAUGGAUUCGACUUCAUCACAACUUAUCAAGCCAUGCAGAGUACAGAUUACAGAUUUGAGAAAAAUGAAGAACCAAGAAGACCAUUUCCGUGAAGCACUAGAUGAAUCAAAUCAACAACCGUCCACCUCCAGUGGCUCAGGGGAGAUGCAACCGCAAGGAGCAUGUACUGUGCUGAUCGUCCCCAAUCAGGAAUCGUCCACCACUGCCGGCACCCAGGAAGGGAAACCCUCAGAAGGUACCAUGCUGAUGGUUUCUGAGGACGGCUGGAUCGAGGGAGAGCCCAAGUCUCCCAAAAGCGAUAACCAGCAAUCAAGUGAUGAUCAUAUGAGUGGUAUGGAAUCGGACUUUGAUAUUGAUGAGAAUGACGGAGAAGACGGUGAUUGGAUUCCUGAUCCAGGAAGCGACUCUGACGAAAAUGAUGGACCCAACAGUGAGAGCAAGGAAGAAGAAUCUACGCAGUCUGGCGCCAUCGAUCUGGAUGAACCUUUGACGGAGGAAACCUUGAAGAAAAUUAUGGAAGUAGUUUACGGUGUUAGCACACCAAAUGUGGCUACAUUGGGAUUGUUGAAAGAACAAAUGGAUGAAAGGCCUAAACUGAAAUUGAAAUUAUUGAAAGACCUUCAGCGAGGACAUUCAAUGUUCAAAAAGAGGCUUAAAUACAAAAACGUUGUGGUGAAAAGACAACUUAUUGAAACACCAAGUCCUGUUAAAGUACAUGUUCAGAAAACAAUGCCCCAAUGGGCACCUCAUCAACCGCUUACUUUGGCCAAGGCUACAGCUCAUCUUGCAGCUCAUCAUAGUAAAGGUGAGAGUAAGGGUAGUUUGCCCGAUAUUCCUCCAGCACAACCCAGACUGCCGCCACCACCUUACGUGUAUCGUUCGAUAGCCCCGAAGCAACCUCUGCAAGCUGCAUGUCUCCCGCAAAAUAAUGGAGUCAUGAACACAGGUCUAGUAUUAUCUACCAGACCUUCUGUGGCCAUGACUUCAAGUUCUGUACCUCCUGGAAUCAUGAACUCAGUACCAGCAUUACCUACCAGACCUUCUGUGGCCAUGACUUCAAAUUCUGUACCUUCUGGAAUCAUGAACUCAGUACCAGCAUUACCUACCAGACCUUCUGUGGCUGUAACUUCUACUCCUGUUAAUCCCGGAAGCAACAUACUGCAGGACACUUUAAAGCCACAGACAAACAUCAGUUUCAAGGAUAUGUCAAGUCCCCCAACACGUGCAAUCUUUAUGCCAGAAAAUCGGACUGUGAAUAUCCCAGAGUUGCAUCCAAGUCCUGCAGGUUCCCUGGAUGUUUUAGUUCCUGUUGACGCUACUGGGCAGAUGAAAGAACCUUUCAUGGGGAUCCCCCUAGACUCCUGUAACCUUAUUUUUAAAUCAGAUUCUGAGGAAGGAAGCCCGAAAUCCAAUGUACAAAGUGGUAAAGACACUCCAAGUAGAAGAUCCAACGAUGAAAAUCCUUCUGUUCCAAUUCAAAAUAUUAAACAGGAAGGACGGUCUAGUUUCCAAUCAUCCCCACUGCAGCAUCUAAGUACACAAUCAAACGCAGCACUUCCUUCUGCUGGAGUGUUUCCAAAUCCACAGUCGGCCACUUCAGCUGCACCGGGGAUACUACCGACUCGAGCACCUUUGACCGCAGGAUUGCUACCCCCAGGGAUGGUUCCUGUAGGUCUGGCACCAGCUAGUGCAAGGCCAUCAGGAGUCUUUCCAGCUCACAUGUUUCCUCCAGGAUCUAUUCCUGCUGGUAUGGUUCCUGUAGCGCUACCACCAGAUGCCUUGCGCUUUCCAGUACCGGGGGCCCAUGUCAACUGCACAUGUCCAUCGGGAUCAAGACCACCAGGCCCUCCUGUACACUCUCUGUUACACCUUCAACAAGAAGAUUUAAAUAGACUUUCUGCAACAGGUACCGUCUCUCCUGCUAUCAAUCACUCAAGUGAGACGCCUGAUAAAAGGAAUGAAUCACCUCUGACAACUAACAGAGCAGAAUCACCGGGCAUCAAAAUAGCAAGCGUGCGUUCCUGCACAAGUGACGAGGAUCUUAGUGACAGGACAUCAUCAUCUUCAAAGGCAUCUGCACAGGCUGGUGCUUCCCCAUCAAAAACAGCAACAGCAGGGAUGGGAUUACUCCUUACCGUCAUGCUGCCAAGUUCCGCCAAAGAGCGCUACAAACAUAAACUCAACCCCAAAUCCACAUCUAAUCCUCUCACUGCUGACCUGAAAGAAAUUCACAAACCUGCAACCAAAGUUGACCUGGGCAUGGUGUGGAAUGAGAUUAGCCUUUUAAGAACAGAGAUUCAGACCAUAAAGACCAAAGUGGCUUCUGAUAUUCAUAACAUAAGAACCGACAUGGAAGAGUUUGUGAAGCUUGUUGGAGCAAGAUUAGGAAUCACACCUCAGAUACCGGUGACUCAGCAAAAUGAAACUGUCCAAGAAAGUGAAGGAGGAAAUGAUGGACGAAGAAAGAGAAAAGCUGAGGAGGGAGAAUUGGAAGAACAGAAUUUGAAGAAACAAGCAAAAAAAUCCUCUGAUUAUCUCCUCUGAAUGGACAAUCAAAUAAAAUCUCAAAAACAAUGUUGAGACUGUUAUGUACAUGUAGUACAAUGUAUGUACAGAUCUCUACUUUUCCCAAUCAUUUUUAUGACAUUUACAGACUUUCAGGAGUAAGUUCCUCAGAUUAUUGGCUUUCACGCGAGAUAUAAGCAUACGUACACAAGAGGUCAGAUCUUUUUGUCUAUUUCUGUGAUCAACAUUGGAAUAAUAUUAUCCAUUUUCAACGUUUUACAAGAUAAAAAUGGAUGUUACAUCAGCAAUGUAUUACCAGAAAAGUUAUUACUAGCAUGGGCCAGUAAAUUAUUUGACUACCUCAAUUUCUAAAGUCAAUGGGGAUA